CUUCCCCCCAGGUUCGGAAGAAGCAAUACCAGCAAACCGACUGCUUCCCCCGCUUUCUUUCUGUACUCGCUACUUCAAUUCACAAUGACUGCCGACGCCGUACAAGUCAUGGACGAAAACGAGAACUGGCCCACGCAGGGCGCCUACGAGUUCGCCGAGUUCUACAACAGCCGCGAGCAGAUCGUGACCUUCGACCAGAUGGAUGCUGAGGUGAUGACCAGGAACUACGAUUUUGUGGUCAUCGGGGCCGGGCCAGUUGGCGCAGCGCUCGCGUUCCGGAUUGCCAAGGACCACCCGGACCGCAGCAUUCUGCUGGUGGAAAAGAACUGGAACGAGCCAGACCGGUUUGUCGGCGAGCUGAUGCAGCCGGCCGGGUGCCAGGCGCUGGAGCGGCUCGGGCUGGGCAGCGUAUUCAAGGGCAUUGGCGGCGUGCCAGUGCACGGCUACUAUGUUGCAUACAAGGGCAAGCACAUCUACAUUCCGUACAUGAAGGAGCCUGGCAGCGAGAAGCGCUUCAAGGGCGUCAGCUUCCACCACGGGCGGCUGGUGAUGCAGAUCCGCGCGGCGGCCAAGUCGCGGCCCAACAUCACGUGCCUGGAGGCAUCGGUAACCGAGCUCAUUGCCGACUACGCUCUGGUCAACGGCGAGCAGACGAUGACCACGGUGCGCGGGGUGCGCAUCGGGCCGGUGCAUUCGAAGCCCGAGGGCGACAAGUCCUACGCGGUCAUGCCCAAGCUGACGCUUGUGUGCGACGGCAUCACCUCGCAGUUUCGCAAGAUCCUGAACGAGAAGCCGAUCCACCUGCUGUCGCACUUUUGCGCGCUGCUGAUCGAGCACGAACCAGUGCGCUCCUCCGAGUUCUUCGACGGUCCCGAAGGAGCCACAACACAUGUGGCUACCCCGCAGUCGCCCGACGUCAACCCGCUGCCGAUGCCACAUAACGGACAUGUGCUGCUGGACGGCGUCGGCCCGCUGCUGCUGUACCAGCUGUCGGAGACCGAGACCCGUGUGCUGGCUGAUAUCCCUGGCAGUUCGCUGCCCUCGGAUGCGAGCGGCAAGCUGCGCACGAUCUUACGCAGCUCGCUGGCUAACGCAGCGCCUAAAGACCGCUACCCAGGGCUCAACGCCCUGCUGCUCGACACCAUCGACAAGUCGAAGCGCAUCCGCGUGAUUGGCAACAAGUUCAUCCCGGCCGUCAACAACCGUAUCAAUGGCGCAGUGUGGAUCGGCGACGCCCUGAAUGUGCGCCAUCCGCUGACCGGCGGCGGCAUGACCGUCGGCCACUGGGACUGUGUGCUGUUCGCCGACCUGCUCAAGGAGUUCAACUACGACGACCCCCGCGAUAUGCAGCGCCUGAAGGCCAAGUGGUACUGGCAGCGCCGCCCCCGCGCUCUCGUCGUCAACGCCCUGUCUGUCUCCCUGCACGCCCUGUUUGCUGCCGAGUCAAAGGAGCUCGGCCUGCUGCGCGAGGCCUGCUUCGUGUACCUGGGCCGCGGCGGCCGCGCCACCAUGGACCCGUCGGGCUUCCUGUCGGGCCUGGUGGCCAAACCGCAUAUGCUGUUCUACCACUUCUUUGCUGUCGCCUUCCUUGCGGUCCAGCUUCGCAUCUCUGGCACAUCUACUGCUUACAAGGGCGGCAACCUCCUCUACCGCAUCUUUACUGCCUUCUACACGCUGUGGGUCGCUGCCUGUGUUCUGGUCCCCAACAUGUGGGCCGAGCUGCACCCUUGAACCAAAAAGUACACAUAGCCACUCGCCUUAAUCGUAAAUACAUCCACCUCGCCAUAC